CCCAACCCCGCAGACGCUCCGGGCCCUAGCCCCUGCCCCAGCUAUGGCUCCUGGGGCUCCUUCAUCCAGCCCCAGUCCUAUCCUGGCUGCGCUGCUCUUCUCCUCUUUGGUGCUCCCCCCCGCCCAGGCCAUUGUGGUUUACACGGACAGGGAGGUCCACGGCGCUGUGGGCUCCCGGGUGACCCUGCACUGCUCCUUCUGGUCCAGUGAGUGGGUCUCAGAUGACAUCUCCUUUACCUGGCGCUACCAGCCCGAAGGGGGCCGUGAUGCCAUCUCGAUCUUCCACUACGCAAAGGGACAACCCUACAUUGACGAGGUGGGGACCUUCAAGGAGCGCAUCCAGUGGGUAGGGGACCCUCGCUGGAAGGAUGGCUCUAUUGUCAUACACAACCUGGACUACAGUGACAAUGGCACCUUCACCUGUGACGUCAAAAACCCACCAGACAUAGUGGGCAAGACCUCUCAGGUCACACUCUAUGUCUUUGAAAAAGUGCCAACCAGGUACGGGAUAGUCCUGGGAGCCGUGAUCGGGGGAGUCAUAGGGGUCGUGCUGUUGCUACUCCUGCUUUUCUAUGUGAUUCGGUUCUGCUGGCUACGCAGACAGGCGGCCCUGCAGAGGAGGCUCAGUGCCAUGGAGAAGGGGAAAUUGCAUAAGGCCGCGAAAGACUCGUCCAAGCGCGGCCGGCAGACGCCAGUGCUGUAUGCCAUGCUGGAUCACAGCAGAAGCACCAAGGCGGCCAGUGAAAAGAAGUCCAAGGGGCUGGGGGAGUCUCGCAAGGAUAAGAAAUAGCGGUUAGCGGGCCGGGCGGGGGGUCGGGGGGCAGGUCCGGAGUCCACCAAAGGUUCUCAGGUGGUGGUCAUUGAGAUGGAGCUACGGAAGGAUGAGCAGAGCUCGGAACUCCGGCCUGCGGUCAAGUCCCCCAGCAGAACCAGCCUCAAGAACGCCCUCAAGAACAUGAUGGGCCUGGACUCAGACAAGUGACCACCCCCCGGGCCCUGCCAGAGCAGGGGGACCUGGGCUCCUCUUAGCCCCCGUCUAGGUGCUUUCCUCCUUAGCUCCCCAGCCCCCGCCCUGCCCUCAGCAGCCUUUGAGAUGUAAGUUUCAUUCCAAACUUCAUUCCCCGGCACUUCCUAUUUUCCCCCACCUUCCUUCCCCUGCUUGCUGGGAGCCCAGGGCCUGACCCUACCCUUCACCAGCCCCAAGGACUGUGUGUUUGGUGCCUGUCCCUCCGGCACCGAGAAGAAAGGGACCUUGAUACCCUGUGCCUCAACCCCAGGCCACCUGGCCUUUCCCUCCCUUGCACCACCCAGCGUGUCCCUCCCUCCGGCUUUCCUUUCUGACCCUCCCUCCCCUCCAUCAGGUGGCCCAGCUCCAUACUGUGUCCUCCCAGCUAGCUAACAUCCAGAUCGUCCAGAUCAGACUCUCCUUCAGGGUUUAUUUAGGUUGUUAGUUAUUUUUUAUUUUUUAAUCCAUUCUUUUUUGUUUGUUUGCCUGUACCCUCCCCCCAUGACUGAGUACCAAUGACGUCAUGUGGUUUUUGCAAUUCCCCACUCCCCAUUAUAUCCUUAAUGGAGAGCCAGCCCAAGCAGAGGGGCCCCUGAUGCUCAGUCCUCAACUACAGGAUUGGUGCCCCUGACCACUUUGGAGCACUGUUCUGGGACUCAAGGUCAUGGGGAAGGAGAGACAGAGAGAGGCAAAGAAUCCUCACAGGUCAGAGGAUUGAGGAGGGGCCAAAUAACCCUUAAGAAAUGGCUUUUAAGCAACCAAAGAGAAAGGAGAAACAAAUGGGAAAUGGGGGGGGGAGGGGAGAGGCUGCACUCCCAGCCAUAGGGGAUUGUUAGGAUUUUUCUACAUUCUGUAUAUUUCUUCACAAACCCCCCGUGUCCUUAAAUGUUUAAUAAACACUGACAUUU